AUGUUCCGUUUUAGCAUUGUCUUACUUCAGGAUAGUCUUUGGUCUUUGCAUUUACUUACCGUGAUGGCAAAGUGGGGUGAGGGUGAUCCGCGAUGGAUUGUGGAAGAACGUCCGGAUGCCGUCAAUGUGAACAAUUGGCACUGGACAGAGAAAAAUGCAACGCCUUGGUCGAAACAACGCCUAAAAGAACUGCUGGAAGGACAGAAGUAUGAAAGUGGCUCGACUGUCGUCAUAUUUAAGGAGCUCAAGAAAUUAGACGGCGAGGCGACGGCAAAUAAUCGGAAAGCUAAAUUAAUUUUCCUCUUCGAGUGGCUUAUUGAAUUAAGUUUUGAAGUAAAAGUUGCUGGUUCGGACAUCGAUUACGAAGGACAUGUUGAAAUACCGAAUUUAAGCGAUGAAAAUGAAGCUGAUGAAGUAGAUAUAACUCCAUCAGUAACUACCAGUGGACCUCACGAAGACCGAGUAAGACAUCUUCUGAAUAAUGAGGUGGCUGCAUUCUUACGUAAGCAGUUAGCUGUUUAUAUUCGAGAACUGAAAGAAGAAUUCAGCAAAGGCUUGAUAUUACCAACUGAUCGCACAAAGCCGCAAGUGGUUUCGAAGGGCAAAACAAACAUUGGGAAGCAAUAUGUUGACAAGAAGGCAUUCCAAAAUCAUGUGGUAACCAGUGCUGACAACGAUCUCACGAAGACUACACCAGUCAGCAUCGAUGUUAAAAGUUUAUCGUUUAUGGAGUCAUUUAAAGUUCAGCCAGAUCAAUUGUGGGAAGUACUCACAGAAGUUGAGAUGGUAAAGAAAUGGUCGAACAAUGAUGCAAAGCUUGAUCUCAGACCUCAAGGCGCAUUUGCAUUAUUUGGUGGCAUGGUUACGGGUGAAUUCGUUGAAAUUGAGCGCUGCAAAGAACUUGCAAUGAAAUGGCGCUUAAAAACUUAUCCACCGGGAUGUUUUGCAAAUGUUACCUUCAGAUUAAAGGACGAGAGAGAUAGUACAACACUAGAAGUGGAUGUAACAGGCAUCCCAUCGACUGAAUAUGAAAAUACUGAGAACGGUCUGCAUCGUUUUUACAUACAGAACAUAAUGAGGACAUUUGGAUUUGGAGCGCAUAUCUUCUGAAGUUUGUGCUUUAGCAGCUUUUAAAUGAUCAUCUUAUUAACUAUUACGUCAUGGAUUUUUUAUUUUUCUCAAUUCAUUUUUUUAGAAUAUUAUUCAGUUUUCUCCAAAAUCCAGUCUUGAAGUUGAUUCUACAUACAUUACAUACAUUCUUAUAAUGUUAAAGCUGCAAACUUUUUAUGGAUCUUUCGUAUGUUUAUGCAGGAGAUGGAUAUAAAUCUGUUGUUCGGAUUCAUGACAAUAAAAGUAUCGCCG